AUGAAGGCCACGGACUUGGAAGGCAGAGAGCAGAUUUGUUGGUAUCAGCAGGGCUUAGGAACCGGCAGCUUCUCCCUCGCAAAGGUCCAACAACUGGCACUCGGAGAAGGCUUGGACCAGAACGUCAAGUUGAUAUACAGUCGCAUUGCUCCUCAGUCUGCAAGCUCCUCACAGCCUGCAGCAAGUUCUUCCAAAGUCCAGCAAGCACAGCCAGACGCUUUUGCUUCAGGGAUAUGGCGACCAGGUGACAUGUUGUCUUUUUUUGGUUUCUCCAGAGGUGCAGCAACAGCACGGUUGGCAGCCAAUUUCAUUGCAACCAUGGGGUUCCGAGUGGAUGGGCAAGGUCCGCCCGACGAGGUGGACAGUUUGUUUGAACAAUGGCUUGGCAUCAAAGAAAGCACGGACUUUAAGCUGCCGUCUGGCUUCGAAAUACCCAAAUUCGGUUGUGUAGGUGUUUUCGACACCGUUCUAGGCAGCGGGGUACCGGCUUCAACACAGAAGAUUCUAUACCCGGGGGCGGCUACCACGACUCCUCCGCUGCAAUCGAAAUGCUUGGUGCUCAAUGCGAACAUCCAAUAUGCAUUUCAUGCACUGGCACUGCAUGAACAGCGCCAAGGCUUUUUACCACUGAUCAUUGAGCGGAAAAUCCCAGCACAAACGAUUGUACAGACUUGGUUUAUUGGGAAACAUUCAGACGUUGGUGGUGGCGCCCAAACGGGCAAACCGGAUCCUGGUCUGGCCAAUGCAGCUCUCCGAUGGAUGUUGGCGCGGUUGGUUGACAUUGGGAUCGGAGUGGCUCUAGAAGACGUCGCUGGGAACCAGUCCCUGGUGAUUCCACCAGAGCAAGCAGGGCAGGGACACGUUCGCACCCAAGGCAAACUCACCGCUGCUAUUGAGGGAGGCGCUGAAAAACCAAGAACACCGGGACUUUAUGCACCAGGCCUGGAAACAGUCCAUAUCAGUGUCCGAAACCAGGGGCUGUUGAACAACGCGGACGUCCCCACGGACCCAGCCCUAUCCAUUCUCAUUGGUAAAGCCGAGGGGCAAGACAAGACUUUCGUGUGGGAGAGGCAAGGACCCAGAGGUAUGAUCUAUAUGCCAGAGGACUCCAAGAUUGCACCGGACGGAUCCGCCCUGAGAAGUCAGUCUAAAGCUGCUCCGGGAAGCCUGGGUCAAACUGCACCAGUAUUUCCAGUACCCAACGCCUCGAAUCCAGCUGGCACAGUACCCCGAAGAGGUCAAACAGGAGCAUCCCAGGGCGUUUGA